AUGAGCGGUGCAGGGCGGUCCGGCACGCGAAACAAGGCCGAUCAUGCUCACACUUUGUAUCUUUACCCUUUGCGACCGGCAACUCUCAACGUCUCAUCGUUCCUCUCGAUCAACUUGCAACGUCCACUCUCGACACGGAUCACUGAUCAUCCUUUGAUGACGCUUCCCGACUCGCCAGUUCCCUACCGACAGGACCUUCCUCCCUCCGGAGGCUACCAGCCCAUCCGAUACAAGCGCAACCUGCCAGGCAAGAACCUUUCGGGUCUCACCAUCUUUGGCGGUGUGAUUGCCAUCUGCGCAUACGGAUUCUACAAGGUCGGCCAGGGCAACCUCGAGCAACGAGAGCUCAAGAGGGAGCGUGCGUGGUCGCGAAUCCACCUGAUCCCUCUGCUCAUGGCCGAGUCCGACAGGGAUGCUUUCCGACGAAGCGAGGCCCAGCUGGCACGAGAGAAGGAGAUCAUGAAGGACGUGCCCGGCUGGGAGGCAGGCAAGUCGGUCUACAACACCAAGCGCUACACCCCUCCCAACUUUGUUGUCCUCUAG